AUGACGGAUCUGCACGAGCUCAUCAGUGAUGGAUGCUACCACCACUAUCUAGCUGUAGAGUCCGAUAACACCCUACCACAGUUCUCCAUCGCAUCCUCCAACGAGACAGCUAUGACGGAUCAGCACGAGCUCAUCAAUAAUGAAUGCUACUACUGUCCACCUGUAGAGUCUGUUGGCCCCCUUGUUAGACCGUAUUUCGAGCGGUUGUUCCACCAGCCUUGUUCGAGUUGCCCUGUGGCAAAGCCCGAUCCCGAUCCUCUAUUGUGCGACCAAUGUCAACAUCUACGAGUUUGGCACCUUUUGAGAUGUGUGGAUCACGAGUUAAGGCCAGAAAGGUUGCUUCCUUUGCCAAUGAUAUUGCUGGAGGAGGCUGGAGAAAUACGGUGCUCCUUCUGCCGUAUCAUCAAAGCGACGCUGACCAGCGCGUUUGAUUUAUUCCAAUUGUUAGACAUUCAAACCCAAUUCCCUGUAUUAUAUCUCAAUCUAGAUCCGCAUGGAGGGCAACCGCGGGCUUCCGAAGGCAUACACCUGGCCGAUAUCUCAGUCGAUAUGGAGACGACUGAAGGUGCCUCCGGCGGCAUUCUGGGGGUCGGUGACUUACAGAUUAGGGAUCUGAAGCAAGGCAUUGAUUUGCCCCAAGUCGAAGGGUUCGUCUCAUGGAGAAGACUGAAAUUAGCACUCGACGAAUGCGAAGAGCACCACGUUCUCUGCCGAAGAGAUAACGGAGCAGUUCUACCGAAAAAUUUCAGAGUCAUCGACGUGCGUCGUAGGUGCGUUGUUGAGACACGCAACGAUCCUUUUGUCGCCCUGAGCUAUGUAUGGGGCUCAGCCAAUUACCCCUCCUUCCUCACAGCGACUCGAGACACCAUUCAAGCGAUGAUGAAACAUGGCGGCCUGCCAGAACGACAUGUUCCUCGAACAAUUGAAGAUGCCAUGCUAGUAUGUGAACAGUUAGGAGAGCAGUUUCUGUGGGUGGAUCGUCUAUGCAUCCUUCAAGACGACGAAGAGGAUAAGAAACGGCAGAUCGAUACCAUGGGUGGUAUUUACUCGGCUGCUAAUUUCGUCAUCAUUGCUGCCUAUGGAGAUAACAUGGACUAUGGACUUAGUGGCGUACGCGUCGCUCGAGAGAAAUUUCAACAUUCAGUCGAUAUCUACGGAUAUCGAUUCACAAACAUCUUGCGGGAAAGACAAAACGAUCCUCUCGCUGUCUGGUAUACUCGCGGCUGGACUUAUCAGGAAGGUGCCCUCGCAAGGAGGCGGCUUUAUUUUACCAACAGCCGAGCGUACUUGGAGUGUGGAUCAUCGACCUUCCACGAAGACCGAUACAACCAGGAGGUUGGCUUAAAGAAGCACCUAUCGGAUGGCCUUUAUCUACCUUCUGAUAAAUCACGUUUUCAAGCCUUUUCUCGCCAUCUCCGAAUGUACACAUCCAGAAUGCUGUCGUAUCGAUCGGACGCAAACAAUGCUUUCAAAGGAAUAUCCAACGCUCUGUAUGGCCACAGAGGGAAUUUCAUUCAAGGUCUACCCCUGGUCCAAUUUGACCAAGCUAUGCUCUGGUGGUCGCUGGAUGGGCGAUCCUCACUUUCUCCUGGAGAAGGGACGCUUCAGGUGACGCCUACCUGGACGUGGCUGUCACGUAUGUGCCGUGGAGAUGCUAUGAAGUAUCAUUCAAGAAAAUUCUAUGGAGCUCUGGCAUUUUGGUACGACAUCAGUGACUGUUCUUCAGGGUUUGUGCAGCGAAAACCGAUCAACCUGAUCCCCGAAACAGAAGUAGACGACGAUUGGGCCCUAAUUAUGGCUAACGCAGUAAGCGAGGGGUGUACGUCAAUUGAUCCUUUGUCUUUGCGGCGCCAUGACCAAGAUUCCCGAACUUUUCAGGAUACUUUCAACAGGUACUGGGUGACUUACAAUGCAUUCUGCGUCCAGGCUGCACAAUGUGCCGAGCAAUGCAUUUCAGAGCAAGUCGAGAAGCCAUUCGAGUUGGACCAAAGCGACAAUAUGGAUAUGAAAUUCAUCAAUCGUGUGCUCAUAAUUACUCUCACCCAGAGCGCAUUAUUACGACUUGACUCAGACGAUAAAAUGCCGAGUAGGUACUCUGGGCCGGGCAUAUUCAACGAAGCGGCAGAGAAGAUUGGUGGCCUUUGUGGACAUUGUGAAUCGCUCGUCAGAGAAUUGCGUUCCGGAAGAGACCACAAGAGCACGAAGCACGAAUUUAUCGCCCUAUCGUUGUCGGGGCACACCGGGAGAUGGCUUAUGGAAAGUGAAGAACUGCAAGUCAGGCGAUAUCACAAUAACAAGGGCGACAAAUUGCGUCAUAUACCAAUUGUCAAUGUGCUCUUGAUCGGCUGGCGCGGUCAGUAUGCGUAUCGCCGGGAGCUCGGAUGGAUCUUCCUCAAAGACUGGGCAGAGGCACGCCGAGAGUGGAGGAGAAUACCGUUAAUAUAA